AUGGUGGGCUUGUUGAAGAAAACCACCGACUUUGUGGGAUUGGCUGUAUGUGAGAAUCCACAUGAGAGGCUAAGAAUAUUGUACACAAAGAGUCUUGAUGUUCUUGAGCAAAUUCCUAAAAAUGCAGCAUAUAGAAAGUAUACAAAACAGAUUACAAAUAAGAAACUGAGUAUGGUUAAAAUAGAAUCAGACGAUAAGCAAUUAGAUCAACUUCAGGGUGGCCAACUUGAAGAGGUGAUUCUUCAGGUGGAAAAUGAACUAAGUCUGGCAAGAAAAAUGAUAUAA